AUGAUGUACAACAAAAACAAUAAAACCUGUGAAGCAUUUUCUCAAUCAAACGAUCAAGUUAUUUCACAAAAAGAAUUAGUAGAAUCAAACUUACCUUCAAAUGAUCAAGUUAAUAUUAGUGAUAGCCAUAUUGAAAGUCCACUUUCAGAAUGGUCCAAUUGGUCGUAUAAAUCUGAGAGUAUAAAUAAAAAUAAUAACAAUAGCAAUAUUUGUAGUCCAUUUUCAGAAUGGUCCAAUUGGUCAUAUAAUCCUGAAAGAAUAAAUAUCAAUAAAAGUUCUAACAAUAAACUUUCUUCCAGUGCAAAUCAAUUGAAUAAUUUGGACAAUAAUUUCGUUAAUCUCAGUCAAAUGUCAAUUUGGUCUGACUGGUCUUACCACCCAGAUACUUUCAAUGCUAAUAAGAAUGACAGAGAUUCUCAUUUCCUAUCAGUCUCAAUGUAUAAAAGACUUCCUUACAGACACACUAGGGCACUCAAUAUUGCUAAUCCUGCUUUAAAAACUGCCAUUGAACAAAGUACUAGAGAUUUAAAAAAUGUUGCAAAUUUUGAAGUUUGUGAUUUGAAACACAAGUUUGAAGAGUGUAAAAUAUCUAAGAACACAAUUUGUUCAUUGGAGAUUCUAAGACAAGUAAAUAAAGAGUUUAUAGCAGCUAUAACUAAUGAUAAUGGAAAGAAAUUGUUAAUACUAAUUGAUCAACAUGCUGUACAUGAAAGAAUUCGCUAUGAAUGGUUGAUAGAAACUUAUAGAGAAAAAGGAAGUUACAAAUACUUUUCAGUGAAAUUGGAUAGAGAUUUAUUAAUAUCAAAUAUAAACAAAAAUUUGUUGGAUGUUAUUGCUGUAAAUAGAAAGGUACUUACUAGAGUUGGCAUACAUAUAAAAUCAAUUAUUGGUUCAACUAGUUGCGUAGUUGAUGCUGUACCCAAAUGUUUUGUAAAAAAAGUAAGAGGCUACAAGAAUGAGUAUAACUUAUACAGACUGAUGAAAAACGUUAAACAAUUAAUAAUAGAAGUAGCAGACGGAUUGUCAAUAUCACAAAGUGUCUUGCCACCUGUUCUUCCAAUCAGUAUAAAUAAUGUCAUAGCAAGUGAAGCUUGUCACGAAGCAAUCAAAUUCGGCGAUCCUUUAAACGUCAAAGAAUGUACAUUGCUUCUGCAGACAUUGCAAGAUACUAAAGCUCCUACCCGGUGUGCACAUGGAAGACCAACAAUGAUACCACUAAUGGAUCUGUCAGGCAUUGAAAAACAAAAAUUGGCUACAAAGGUAUGCAUACUUCUUUAA